AUGUCAGAAGUCUCCGUGAUUCCUGCUCCGCCAGGCGUUGUAGUCGACUUCGACCACCCUAGACGGCAAAAAGUACUGGAACAUUACCUUCUUUUUGAUAUCGGUGGUACGAUCGCUUUUAUUGCUCUUUGUCAGAGGUUAUACACGAAGAUAUUUCUGUCGACAGGUUUACAGACUGAUGAUACGUCCAUUAUUCGGGGCAGCAUGUGCGCCCAUGCUUGGGAGAUGCCUUUGUCCAAAUUCAAAAGCAAUUCUUUGAUUACCUACAUUGCUGCGCCAGUUUACAUGUUGUGCAGCGGCUUCACGAAGUUGUCCCUUUUAGCAUUUUACCUCCAUCUAUCGCCACAGAAAUGGUUCAGGAUAGCGAUAUGGAUCGGCAUCACUGUUGUGUCACUAAAUACAGCGUGUAUCACCGCCCUAAUGUUGUUCCAAUGUAAUCCAAUCCAGAAAGGCUUCGACUCUACGAUCACGGGGGGGAGUUGCUUGAAUGCAGCGAUCCUCUAUAUGGCAACGGCUGUAUCAAACAUCGCCUCCGAUGUUAUGCUGUUUGUAUUGCCGAUGCCUAUGGUUUUCAAGCUUCACAUGAGAAUGGCGCAAAAGCUGGGCCUCGUUAUCAUGUUCGCCGUCGGCUCAAUUGCCCUUAGGACUGUGGCUACAUCAAUCGUCAGAAUGACCUUCCUCCCUAUCUUGCUGACAAGCCGCGACCCACCGUGGGACUCGGCGCCUGCAAACAUUUGGACAUUCCUUGAAGGCAACCUCUUCGUUAUCUGCGGCUCUAUGCCGACGAUACGGAAGUUUUUUGAACAUUUCGCGCCAAAGCUGAUGGGCUUGCCAACUGCUUCAUCAUCAGUACACUACCAGGUAACAGAUCGGGUACCAAUCAAAAAUGAACGACAUAAAAGGAGGGAUGAGGAAAAUGCUGUGCUUACGUCUGUAACUGUUACUUCUUAUGUAAUUAACAGUGCGGACAACGAUGGUAGUUAG